AUGUGUUUGUGCAGGGAUAAGGAGCCUUCAGAGAAAUGUUCAUCACAAGAGGGUGCGAUGGGUUUGAAGGACUCUGAAGGCGAAGAGGAUGAUUGGGAGUCUAUUGCAGAUAGCGGUGCACUUGAUGACACACUAGCGCGCUCCCUUGAGCAAGAAGCUAGAGUACCUUCCUGUAGCUCUUCAGAGAGAAGUGGCACCCCAUCUUCAGGGCCCAAAAGGAGGGAUUUGGAUGACAAAGAGUCUACUCCUCAGGGCGGAUCUGGAUCAAAGGGCCAUGUGAAUGAGCGGGAGAACAAUGCUGUUACAGCUGCCGCACAGUUUGGGACAAGGCAUGUCCUUGUUUUAUAUGACUUUUCACCGAGCACACGCACAACAGAUCUGGAAAGGAUUUUUGAGAAAUUUGGGGAUCAUGAAGUUGCCAUUCGUUGGGUUAAUGAUACUUCAGCACUUGCUGUUUUUCGGACUCCAUCAGCUGCUAUUGAGGCUCAGGCUUGCAUACCUCCAAGAUACAAAGUGCGGUCACUGAAAGGGGAUGAUGAUCUAUUGGCAAAAAUAGAUGGUAGAGACUUAGAACCGCCCAAGCCAAGACGAAAGACAUCUGCAAGAACAGCUCAAAGGCUAAUUGCUCAUGGAAUGGGAUUGAAGCAGUUUACAAACUUUGGAACAGAUGAGCUCAAGAAACAGGAGGAAGAGAGAAAGAUCAGAAUUGCUGCUCGACAAUCUAUGCGUGAUGAGGCUUGGGGUUCGGACUGA